AUGGGGGCUAGAAGCGCAGCCACAUUGGCCGUUGCGGGUAUCGGCGUAGCUCUCGCCAUAGUAUCUUGCUGCUACAUGGCCGACAAUUACCUAGUCAUCUCGCAUCCCACCCUCUGCACCGGCGUGUCGAACGCCACUCUCUGCUCCCAAGAAUUCCGCGCUGCUCGCCGGCAGCUCAGCGUCCUCCCGCAGGCCGCCGACACAGUCACGGCGGCGAUGGUCUCCACGGUGGCGGCGCAAGUAUCCGCGAUCAUCGGUGCCGCCGCGGAGAUCAAGCGCGCCAAUGUCCGCGGGAACCAUUUCAUCAACGUGGUGGCGGACGACUGCAGCACGCAGGGCGGCAUCGCGCUGCGCUACCUGGGCCGCACGCUGGACGCGAUCGACACGGACAGCGCGCAGCACGAUCGCGCGUUCUGGCUGUCCGCCGCCAGCACGCAAGUGGGGAAUUGCGUCGACGGGUUCAAGACGCUUGCGCCCUCCGCGACAUUCCAGCCCGCAUUCGUGCAUCUCGAGACUGUCGCCAACAAAGCGAGCGACACGCUAGAGGCCGUCGUAGCCAUCGCCAAGAAAGCUGCGGCAGGUCCACCCGAGUUGGGUCGCAAGCUCGCGUCGUCCGAGCCCGGUGCUGUCGCAGGAGGCGCCAAAUGGCUGGACGACGACUUUAUCGCACAGCUGCGACAGCUUCAGGCGGAGUUGAAUGCCCUGGGCGACGGCGUUCACGAGUACGUCGCACGGCGUGAGCUGCGACGCCGUGACGACGACGACGACGAUGACGAUGAUGACGACGACGAGGACAAGAAGGAUAAAAAGGACAAGAAGAGCAAGAAGAACAAGGACAGCAGCGGCGGAAGCGGAGGCAGCAGCAAGAGCAAGAGCAAGAGCAAGAGCAAGAGCAAGAGCAAGGGCAGCGGCGUGAAACCCGCCUCGGGUCCCAUUCGCGCGAGCAAGGGCCUGAAGGCCAACGCCGUCGUGAAGGGGAAGAUUCAGUCCGCGAUUGACGCCGCUCCUGGCGGCAGCCAGUACGUGAUCUACAUCCCUGCCGGCACGUACAGGGAGCAGGUUGUCAUCGACACCCCCGAUAUUAUCCUCAUCGGGGCCGGCGCCGGCGCUACCGUGAUCACGUACGACGAGAGCUACGGCAGCGGGUCGAGCACGUUCGAUUCAGCCACGGUCGGGGUGAACAGCGACCGUUUUGUCGCGUUCGGAAUCAAAUUCGUGAACACAGCCGGCCCCGAGAACCACCAGGCUGUAGCGUUCCGCGCUACAGGCGACCAGUCGGCGGCGAUCGACUGCGCGUUCGAAGGCGCGCAGGAUACGCUGUACGUGGACGCGGGGCGGCAGUUCUACUCCAACUGCUACAUCGGCGGCACGCAGGACUUCAUCUUCGGCGACGCGGCCGCCGUCAUUCAGAACGCCAAAAUCCAGCUGCAUCCCAGCAAGUCGUUCAUCACGCUCACCGCGUCGGGCCGCGCCAAGGACACGCCGACGGGGAUCGUGAUUCGCGACUCGGUGGUGAGCGCGGACAAGGGCGCGGCGAAGGCGUACCUGGGGCGGCCGUGGAAGAAGUGCGCGUUCACGGUCUUCGUGAACGUCGUGCUGCCGGCCGUCAUCCAGCCGGAUGGGUGGCUGUCGUGGAACGAGGGCAGCUGCAUGUUCCUGGCGGAGGCCGGCAGCAAGGGCCCGGGCGCCAAGGCGUCGCGCGCCGACUGGGUGGACCCUGGGAUCAUCUCCAGCGGCGCCUCCUACACCGCCGCUGCCUUCGCUGAACCUCACUUGCUCAUCCCUUCCCACUCAGCAGCCUCACAUGCUCAUCCCUUCCCACUCAGCAGCCUCACAUGCUCAUCCCUUCCCACUCAGCAGCCUCACAUGCUCAUCCCUUCCCACUCAGCAGCCUCACAUGCUCAUCCCUUCCCACUCAGCAGCCUCACGUGCUCAUCCCUUCCCACUCAGCAGCCUCACAUGCUCAUCCCUUCCCACUCAGCAGCCUCACAUGCUCAUCCCUUCCCACUCAGCAGCCUCACAUGCUCAUCCCUUCCCACUCAACAGCCUCACAUGCUCAUCCCUUCCCACUCAACAGCCUCACAUGCUCAUCCCUUCCCACUCAGCAGCCUCACUUCCUCACGUGAGGAUGGGAAGUCCAUUCGUUCUGUUUUCCACCCCGGCCCUUUCUCUCUGUGUCCCACUCCAGUCCAUUCUCUCUGUUUCCCACCCCAGUCCUUUCUCUCUGUUUCCCACCCCUCUGUUUACCACCCCAGCCCUUUUUCUCUGUUUCCGAACGCAUUCUCUUUGUUUUCCACCCCACUCGUUUAA